GGAUAGCAGCGCUCCCGCGCAACGCGGCGUGGCCGCAGGCGCGCGGUGCAGGGCGCACAGGCGUGCAGAGCGCGCAGGCGCACACCCUGCGGAGCGUGAAGGCCCUGGGCAAGCCACGCGAGCUGGCGCCUUGGCUGAGCUGCGUCGGCCGGUGGCGGCGGCGAGGUGGGCGUGGGCACAUCAGGCGACGGCAGCAGCGGCGGCGCCGCGGCCGCCUGUCCGCCGGCGAUGGCGCGGCCAGAAGUGGCGGCGCGGAGGAUGGUGGGGGCAGCGGCGGUGGAGGAGGAGGCCCGGGGGGAUGCGGCAGCAUCUGCCCCGGGCAGCUCGGGCGGGGGGCGGUCCGCGGGGGACGGUCCACUCGAGCGGGCGAGGCAGCAACGGCGGCACCGAGGACCAGGGCGGCUUGGCGGCGGUGGCCGCGGGGCUCACAGGGGAGCGGCACCUUUGGAUGGCGGCGACGGCGGCGACGGACGCGCCGGGCUGUGUGCGACGCUGGGCUCGGUGUCGCGCCCAAUGCAUGGCAUCUCGGCCUGGCUAGGGCAGAUGUGGGCGGCCGUGGCGCGGCCGCAGACAGUGAUGGCGCGGCGGCGGCGGCGGUGGCGGCACCAACCCCACCCCGGCCGGCCAGGCCGCUACGCACAUGA